AUGAAGCUCCCUAGCCACAUCAAGUAUGACGGCUCCACAGAUCCCGACGAUCACAUAGCCGCGUACGAAGGACAUAUGUACCUGUACACCGCAUCCUCGGCAGUAUGGUGCAAGUGCUUCCCGGCUACGCUAAGCGGUUUGGCGCAAACCUGGUUCAAAAACUUAAAAGCCGGGUCCAUCCGCAACUUCAGGCAGUUGUCGAAGCAAUUCUAUGAGCACUUCGUCAGCAACAAGCGUAGGGAGAAGACAUCAGCCGAACUAUGGAGCGUGAAGCAGCGAGGGGACGAAAGCUUAAGAGACUAUCUUGGGAGAUUCAACCGGGAAGUUGUGCUGAUACCCGAUAUGAAGUCUGAUGUCGCCAUACUGGCUCUUACUCAUGGCUUGCGGAAAAGCAGGUAUAGAGAUUACCUAGCGAAGAAGAACGUCUCCAACCUAGGAGCUGCUCUUGAAAAGGCGGACGAAUACAUCAGGAUUGAGGAAUUUAAUAGGACUCUAGCCGAGCCCGACCAUGAUGAGUACGUCCAGCCACAGAGGGAAGACUCCAGGAAGGACGACAAAAGGGAGAAGGGUAAUCAAAUGAAGAAGGACAACCAAGAGAAACAUGAGAACGACGAGUAUGACAGUUAUGCACCUUUGCUCGUUCCUCGAUCGCAAAUAUUUGCCAUGAACAAAACUGAUGAAAAGUGGCAACGUCCUCGGAAGAUGCAUUUCAAGAAUCGGGAUGGGUCUAAAUGGUGCGACUUUCACGACGACUAUGGCCACACGACCGAUGAGUGUCGAGAUCUCAAAAACAACGUGGAAGACCUGAUUCGGCGAGGCUACUUUAAGCAAUACAGGGCUCAAAGCCGAAAUCAGGGAGACAGGCAGGAAGAUUCAACCUUUUAG